UCAGUUGCCACCAUCGUGCCUCCUGAAAAACAUUUGACCUGCAAAUCAGCAAUUAUAAUGGGGUCUAACCGGUCAGAUGUGAAGCUUUCAGAUAAUCAUCAUCUGAGUCAAGACAUCGCUACUUUAACCAAUUAUUCACAAGAACUACCUGGGAAUUCUACCAGUAAUGAAUUUACAACCAUUGUAUUGCCUGUGCUUUACCUCAUCCUAUUCCUGGCAAGCAUCCUACUGAACAGUUUGGCAGUGUGGAUUUUCUUCCACAUCAGAAAUAAGACAAGCUUUAUCUUUUAUCUCAAAAAUAUUGUAGUUGCCGACUUGCUGAUGACACUGACAUUUCCAUUUAAAAUUAUUCAAGACUCAAGACUGGGACCGUGGCACUUCAAUCUUUUUCUUUGUCAAUAUACAACUGUAUUGUUUUAUGCCAAUAUGUACACUACAAUCAUGUUUCUUGGACUUAUUAGUAUCGACCGAUAUCUAAAAGUGGUGAAACCAUUUGGAGACUCCAGGAUGUACAGCAUGACUUUCACCAAGAUCCUGUCUGCAUGUGUUUGGAUUGCGAUGACAUUUCUAGCCUUGCCAAAUGUAAUCCUUACAAAUGGUUACCCAAGUAGGAAAAAUGUUAGUGACUGCUUAAAACUGAAGAGUCCUUUGGGAGUCAAGUGGCACAAAGCAGUCAUUUACAUCAAUAACAGCAUGUUUUUCAUUAUCCUGAUCGUAUUAAUAGGAUGCUACAUUGAAAUAUCAAAGUAUAUCUAUAAAUCAAGUAAACAAUUUAUUAGCUGUUCAAGUCGCAAACGGAAGCACAACCAAAGCAUAAGAGUAGUGGUAGCUGUAUUUUUCACUUGUUUUUUACCAUAUCAUUUGUGCAGAAUACCUUUCAUUUUUGGACAUCUGGAUAAAUUGUUAGAUGAUUCAGCACACAAAAUCCUUUAUUACUGCAAAGAAGUGACACUUUUCUUGUCUGCAUGCAAUGUGUGCCUAGAUCCAAUCAUCUAUUUUUUCAUGUGCAAAUCAUUUUCUCGACGGCUUUUUAGGAAAUCAAACAUGCGAACAAGGAGCGAAAGCAUUAGGUCACUUCAGAGUGUCAGACGUUCAGAGGUGCGCAUAUAUCAUGAAUACACUGAUCUGUGA